AUGUCGCACAGUACAGGUAUGCCUACCAGGAAUUGGUUUGUGCCAGGGGAGGGUAUCGCCAGGGAAGUCAUUACAGCCGACAUUCAGCGCUACCUUGGACCAGAUGCGUUGGUGAGGCCUGGCAACGACGAGGGCGUGGACGGGUACUGGAUCACUGCAUACCGCACCCUCACAUCGCAAAUGGUCCAGGACCUCAAACUGGAUUCCCAGCGGUGGCGACAGGAAGUCCAGCAAGGACAGCAGGGACGAGGUAGUCCGCUUUUGCGAGACCAAAAGUUCCAAAAGCAGCCUGACAAGCUUCUAGUCGCCUAUCAAGAUUCCACUACCCAUCGGUCGAGACAAUACUACGGACCCACCCCAGCGCCGCCCACGGAUCGGGAACGAGCCUACCAGCAGACUGCUGCUCCAUCUUCCUACAGUGUGGAUCCCAGGGAGCAGCAAUACCGUGUACCCGCACCAUCCGGCUAUCAGCAGGAGCCGGCCUAUACGUACGCUCCACAACCCCAGCAACCUCAAGGCCAGCCGGCAUAUGCGAGCGCACAGGGUUAUCCGCCAAGGACUGCGUCUGGAUACCCUGCGUACGCUCAACCGUCACGGGAGGAGCAGCCGCAGUAUCAAGCAUCAUACGCGGAUCCAAGAGCGGAAUCAAGAGCGGACCCGAGGGCCGCAGCAGCAUAUUACUCUAACCAACCCCAGGCGUCCACACCGCAGUCAAACCAGCCGAUGUACUCAACUCCCCAGCCACCAAGGUACUAUGGAUUUGUUCCGCGGCAAUCUUUGGUCCUUUACUAA